CUUUCUUUGAGUCUAAGGACUGCAGGCUCAUCACUUCAUAUUGUAGGCCAUUGUAAUGGGAUCAUCUGUCUAGUUCCAGCCCUUUCCGGUGAGGUGAUUUUAUGGAACCCGGGAAUUCAUGAAUUUAAGCCACUUCCCCCUCAGCCAUACCUUCCUGAUUCCCCAGAAAUAGUUGUGCUGCCGCCGGGUUACCCUAAAGAUGUUCCCUACACUAUACAUAGGACGUACAUGGAUAAUUUAGGAUUUGGCUAUGAUCCCAGGUCUACUGACUACAAAGUUGUUAACAUCGGAGUUCCUCGUGUGGAAUAUUUUCGUGAUGGAUAUGAUAUUAAGCUUCCUCUUAAAACAGCUGUAUAUGCAUUGAGUACUGAUUCUUGGAGAGAGAUGAAGACUUUUUCUUUGGAAACAGAAUCUACUAUCCUUUUGCUUGAACGCUUCCAGGUGUACUUCAAUGGAAUGUGUUAUUGGUCUGGACAGGAAUUGCAUAAGGAAAUACUUAUAUAUGACGCGAUGAAUGAGGAAAUCAUUAGGGACAUUAUCAUUUUGUUUGAUAUGGCUGAGGAGGUAUUUCAUGAGAUGUUGUUGCCGGAUAGUCUAUAUGAUCCCUUCGUACAUUGUUUUAGCUAUCAACUCCUAGUGUGGAAUGAAUCGAUUGCUCUUUUUGGAUUGCAAAAUGAUGGAUCACUAUAUGGUGAAUCUUUUGGAAUAUGGGUGAGAGAUGAAUUUGAUGGUCCUAAGAGCCCUUGGAUCAAACAUGUAUCUUUCGAGCUCAUUGAAAAGCCAUUAGCAUUUCUGAAGCAUGAUGAGAUCCUUAUGGCGGAGGCCGACACAAUGAACACAAAGGGAAACAUAUUCUCUUAUAACCUCAGUACCAAGAAGCGCAAGUAUCUUCCCAUUCAAAGCAUGCAAAAUGACUCUAAAGUUGUUGCUUAUGACAAUUACAGUAUAGUUUCAAUUUUGGGUGUCAACAAGCUGGAGAAAACGGAUAAUUAUACCAUGGAUGGCUCUUGUUUUUGGGAGUACUCUUCUUUCCCAUCUUCUGUGGUAGGCAAUGAAUGGCAUUCGUAUUCAGUAUGGGCAAUACCACCAGAUGAUGUGUCUCUCAGGGUCAAGAAGGUGAUGCAGGGCCUUAGAUCGGAGUUUGGUGGCCCGGAAAUUGAGCCGCAUAUUACUGUUGUGGGGUCUAUUCGAAUGACACAUGAGGAUGUGUGUAACAAGUUUAGAUCUCUUCAGUCUUGUGUUACUUCUGGCUACAAAGCUAAAGUUAACAGUGUGGUAAUUAGGAGUUUCUAUUACCAGUGUGUUUCGCUCCUCAUUGAUUCCUCAUUUUCGAAUGAUGAUGAGUCCUAUCAGUUAUGGACAGCAACGGGAUCCUGCGGUAGUUGUUUUGGUUUCAAGAAUGGUGUUAGGCCACAUUUGAGUCUGCUAUAUGGAAAUCUGACAGAAGAAGAGAGUAGAAAAGCUCAAGAAAAGGUUAAAAGUCUGGAUGAGAGCAUUACCAGCAUGAGCUUCCCCAUAACUCGACUUGCAUUGUACAAAAUUGACUACAAAGAUAAGACUCUCAAGUCGUGGGAGAAGAUUGCUGAAUACACCCUGCGAUAUCUCGAUUAGUUCUCCUAAUCACCUGCUUAUCAAAGCUUGUUAUAUGAUUAGACUGUAUCAGCCUUAAGUGUCUCGAUCUGUUGCAAUCAUGUAUUAGAAUCG